AUGUCGAAGCGUGGGCGCGGUGGUUCUUCUGGAGGGAAGUUUCGGAUUACCCUUGGUCUUCCUACCGGCGCGGUGAUGAACUGUGCCGACAACACUGGAGCCAAGAAUCUGUAUGUGAUUGCCGUCUUCGGUGUGAGAGGUCGCCUCAAUCGUCUGCCAUCGGCAGCCACUGGCGACUGCGUGGUGUGCUCGGUGAAAAAGGGCAAACCGGAGCUCCGUAAGAAGGUGUGGCAAGCUGUCGUAAUACGCCAACGGAAAGCCUUUCGUCGGAAAGACGGGACGUUUAUAUAUUUUGAAGACAACGCGGGUGUAAUAGUGAAGUCAAAUGGCGAAAUGAAGGGUUCCGCCAUCACUGGUCCCGUGGCAAAGGAGUGUGCGGAUAUGUGGCCGAAGAUCGCCUCUAAUGCAGGAUCUAUCCACUGA